GGGGUAGCAUUAAAACUAUCAGUUGUGAUUUUUUGUCUCUCCAGUUUUAUUUAAAAUAUAAUUAUUUCUAUUGUGUUCUGUGUGUAAAAGUAUAUGUUUAUCAGUUGCAUAUAAAGCAUACUACCUGCCAGCAGUUUAGUUUCCUUCAUACAUUUCACCACUUCACUAUGGAAUCUAUUCAAAAAUCGAUCACUGAUCUAAUGACAUUGUUCAAUAACAAGAUGGCGGAUUUUGAAGAAAACCUAAGACAGGCCAAUCCUUCCCCAACACUCACAUCACUGUCCACUGACUUCUCCACAUUUCAGCAGUUCAUAUCUACAGCCAUGGGCACUCUACAAAGUCAAGUAGAACUACUUAUGAAACACCAGGAUCACCUCGAGAUGUCCACUCGGCGUAAUAUGCUACUACUUCACGGGUUGCCUGAGAGUCCUAAUGAGGAGCUGGUGCAAAGAAUUGCUGUGAUGGCUUCAGACAGUCUGAAUUUAGAUAGUUUCUCCAUUGCAGAUGUUGCUCGCUGCUAUCGCAUAGGACAAAACAGGGGUGGUAAGAAGCCAAGGCCGAUUCUUAUUGAAUUUGUAAACAUAUGUUAUAAGGACAAAUUCUGGCAUGCUAAGACCGGUCUUAAAGGGACGGGUUUGACACUGUCGGAGUAUCUGACCAAAACAAGACAUCUAGUGUUUAUGGCCGCUCGUCAACACUUUGGUAUUACUAAAUGCUGGACGCGAGAUGGCUGCAUCUUCGUCAUCGGGCACAACGGGCAGAAACAUCGGGUCUACGCCUUGGAGGAUAUAGACAGAUUGCGUGAGGUCCCAACCGUUGGCGAAAGUUCGCAGGCGGCGAAACCAGGCGUGGCAUCGGCGUCGACGCCGGCUCCCCAGCCUGCAGCGGCGCCCGCGAAAGCUGCGGUUGCGACAGCGACGUCUCGAGUCCGAAGAGUCAACAAAAAAUAGUAUCCGAUUGUGCUCCACAUCCUAAUCAUAUUGUAACCACUCGUCCUUGUUGGCCAUUUUGUUCACAAGUCGUCCGUGACUCAAAUUUCAAUAGGUUGGUUCCUCUACCUCCAUUUAGUGUUUGUAAAUUUGUUUUUUAUGUUUGCGAAACUUAUCGUAAAACUUUUCACCACACCACACUUCACAUUUUCCUUUGACAUUGUCACUGUCACUUCCUGACUUUGACAGCUGAAUGUUGUUAUGUCAAUGCCAUUUGUUUAAAAUCGUUUUUUUUUUCUUAAUUUGGCAUACACAUUAUCAGCUUUGUGUUUUUUUUUUUUUUUUGCUCUUUUUUGAUCAUUUUAUUUUAAUCGUAUCCUACCAUAGACUUAAAAUAUAUGUAUCCUACCAAUGGCAUAGUUUCUGUCGGUUUUGCUGGCGGGUGGUAAGGUGUAUUAUAUUUGUAGUCUUUAGUAUAGUAUUAUAUUUGUAGUCUUUAGUAUUAUUUGUUAUUUAUUAUCUUUUAUAUUUGAGUAUAUUUUUUUAUUUUUUAUAUAUUAUGUGUAGUGUACAAGAUAACUUUUUCUCUGCAUCUUCCACUAGUAGUGAUGACAGUUUUUAUUCUAUUACUCCUCCUUUGAACGAGAUUCUUGAUGAUGUUUUUUCAAACGUGCACAAAAACUUUAAUGCUGUUCACAUCAACGCACAAAGUAUUCCGGCACAUUAUCCAGAUUUGCUUGCGACUUUUGAUAGCAAAAACAUACAUGCUAUAUUUGUGUCAGAGUCCUGGUUCAAUUCCUGCCACCCCUCUACUUCUUACUCUUUACCUGGCUUCCAGCUAAUUCGCAAUGACCGCACUGACAAAGGUGGAGGUGGCGUUGCGAUUUAUCUUAGAUCCCACAUCCCUUUUAAAAUCAUUCACACUUCUCAGGUGGCCGAUUCUUCCAAGGAGGCUGAAUAUCUCUUUAUUGAAGUCACCUUUUCUCAUGAUCCCGUUCUUCUUGGUGUCUUCUAUAGUUCUUCGUCUAAUAUUAGUUAUUUCUCAUCUUUAGAGACUCUCUUGGAAGACAUUGUGCCUGCCUAUAAACAUACUAUUAUUAUGGGUGACUUUAAUACAUGCUUAGCAAAAGAUGACAGUCGUGCUAAAACUUUAAAAUCAAUUGUCGAUGCUUGUAAUUUGGCCAUUUUACCUCUAGAUACCACCCAUCACUUUCCUAAUUGUAUUCCCUCCCUCCUUGAUCUUAUUCUAGUGUCCUCUUCCGAUCUUGUUUCUAUUCAUGGCCAAUUCAAUGCUGACAUAUUUUCUUACCAUGAUCUGUUAUAUCUUUCCUAUAAAAUUCGCCCUCCAAAAUUUAA